CACGAGUCGAACACCGCUUGGAUUGGAUGCACAGCAGGUUCACUGUCUAUUUGCAGAGUGGUUUAUCGGUCCUUCUCACGUCCUGGGCGUGCUCAGUCGGUCGUAUGCGAACAAUAAACUCCGCGAUUGGGCAUUACCGGUCUUCGCAGGAACUGCCAUCCAAUGCCGAUGAAGUUGCUCUCAGCUUUACGCAUAUGAAGCCCGACGUCCGAAGUCAAGCCGAAAUCAACAUGAGUUAGUUGUCCAUACGCCGGUUUCUAAACUCGACGAUCCAGAUCAUACAGCAAGCCAUCGACGACAUCCCCAUGAUGCCCUGCUCAUUACUUGAUUCUUGAUGGUUGGAAUAACCAAGCUAGCCAUGCUUAUGCCAUCUAGAUUCGUGGAACAACCGCCAACGCCACCGCGACCAAGCCGUGUUCCAGCCGAUUUCGAUCGCUUGUUGGAGCUCGUCGAGGUCUGGCUCGAUAAACAUGGG